ACAGAUUUUGAAAAUGGCGGGAGUUAGGAAAGUUUGUCUUAAUAGUUUGAAUAUUAAAAUAGAUAAUGCAUUAAUUGUUGGAAUUAUUAUAGCCAAAAAUAGUCCACGUACUAUAGGUCAGAAAAAAAAGAAUGGAGAAUCACGAGGUGUCAUGUCUUUUACAUUGCGUGAUUCUAUUAUUGAUACAAUCAAUGCGAACGUUUGGGGUUCAGAAUAUUUUGUAAUAACUUUCUAUGAAAGAUUUCUCGUGGGUGACGUUGUUUCCAUCACAAACCCAAAAAUUUGUAUCAAGGGUGGCGACAAUGAAAUGUAUAGGCCACAGGUGACUUCUCCAUUUUGCCUGUCACUGAACGAAGGCAUGUCGGAUAUGUACACUUUUGACGGAGACGCGUACGGCUCUUACCUGCCGCUCCUGCAUGUUCCUACAAAGCCUUGCGCGGGGUACUGCGGCCUUUCAGAAGUAUUGAAAAUCACAGAACAGACAAAUAAUGUGUACGUAGACUUAUUGGUGGUGGUUAAAGCCGUCAAAGCAGCGAAAACCAUCAGAACAAAGACAGGUACAGAUAUGACGGUACGUACUAUCGAAAUAAUGGACAAUACGACACCUGCCCCUGUCAUCCUCGAUACAUUUGAUAUUGACACAAUUCAAAGAGCUGAACAAUGGCGUCCGCUAGAGAGCGUGCUGUUUGUGGCGGACGCGCGCGUGUCGUGGCGCAACAUGGCGGCGCGCGUGCAGACGUGCUCGCGCACCGUGAUCACGCACCAGCCGCACACGCCCGAGGCGGAGUCCCUGCGGCUGUACAUGCGCAAUCAGUCCAGCACCGGCGACGGCGAGGCGGCUAUGUGGGCCGCGUGGAGCGGCGAGCGCGCGAACACGGCGUGCGUGUCGCAGAUACGAGACCGGCUCAGCUCCGGAGUGCCGUUCUGCGCCGCGCUACACGCACUACUCACUCAUCUGGACUUGGACGACUUUGUGACCUCCAAGGACGGAAGUUUGGAGGAAUUGAAGGUGCGUUUUGCAGAUCACACCGGCGAGCUAAACGCGAGGAUACCGGUCAAAGUAGUUGAAGAUGCUUUCGGAUACUCGGCGAAUCAAUUAGUCUCAAUGUCAGCUGAUGACCGAGCGUCCCUCCGUUGGAGAUUCCUGCUGGAGCAAUGCUGCACUAAGAUAGCAGUGACGUCAGCGCGCCUCGUCGUCUUAUCCUUGCGACGUGCCUCAGCGGCUGAUCCAAUACCUUUAUAUUGAUUUACCUAACUUUAAAAACAUAAAUAUUGUUUAUUUCAAUUAAAAAUUAAAAAAAAACAUCCUUUUAUUAUAAGAGGUCAAUGUUGAAUAGGAAUGAUGAAUUUUUUUUUUAAAUUGUAUAUAAAUUAGGAGUAGGUACGCUAAUAGUAAAGCAAUUUUAAACGUAACAGGAUAUAUCAUUACUUUCGGAGCGACAGGGAUUUAAUGGGUCAUAUAAGCGGCACUGCCACAUACCUGAAAAAACGCACCAUACAAAAUGGCACGAAUUAAUGACGUCGGAGAUCAUAAUGAUCGUUAAAUUUGUAUGGGUGUUCAAACAAAAUUACAAAUAUGUUUGUUAUUUGUGCGUUUAUGUUUAUAGUUCAAAUAUUGAA